GGCCAACAUCUCUGUGCCCCUAUAUUUUAUUCCUCCAUUCUAUCUUCUUUCCAUUUUGACCCCACCAUUAGCUUAAAGACAUAACAUCAACAUCUCUUUCCCCUCACUCCAUCCCUCUCUUUUCUUCUAUUUAUCCACCAUCUCCCUCCAUCCCUACCCCCACAUACAGCCUUUAAACAAUAUAUUCUCCUUGAUAUGUGUAUCUUAGUGAAGUAGAAUUCACAUUCUUUAUGUGGCUCUGCAACUACUUCCCAAGAGAAAAAUAGGUAGGUCACACAAGCUAGCCUCUAUAGCUUCUCUCUUGUUAGUGUAAUUAGUGUAGUCUUCUUGUGAGAGAGGGAGAGAGUGGUUUUCUUCUUCUUCUAGAGACUUUGGUUCUCUUAGAUGGGCAAUCAUAGGUUUAGGCUAUCUAACAUGUUGCCAAACUCCUGGUUCUACAAGCUCAAGGACAUGGGAAGAGCUGGUAGAAGCCAAAGGAUCAGAGAGUCCGUAAAGAGAAAUCCUCCAAGCAGCACCAACAGAGCUACCACCACACCAAAACCAACCCCACAACCCAACCAAGCCUACCUUCCCAACAGAGCCUCCUACUACUUCCCCAGCAAAGAAAGAAUAGCAAGUCUCCCUCACUCCCCCAUCAACCAGAAGGCCUCAGACACCCAUGUCCCGAUAGACCCGCCAAGGAAAUCCAAGCAAAUAACCAGAAGUAGGCCCACAAAACCUUUUCCCAAUCUGGUCUCCUCCUUCUCUGUUUCAACCAGCUGCAAUUGCCAUGCCACCUUCAACUGUGCUUGCAAGCCUGAGUCUAUUCCGGAGAGCUCACUUUAUCGCCAUGAUGACUACGACGACGACGACAACGAUGAUGACCUCUGCAAGCCCAUCGUUUCUGAGCAACUGGAAUUCAACAGCUUGCAGGUUGCCUCCUCUGCUAGUGAUAUCAUCAGCAACGUUGGCAGCAAGGGCUCUUUUGAUCGGUUCGAAAGUUCUGAAGACAUGCAAUUCGUCUCAGAUAUCAAACUCCCACCAAUUGUCACAAAGCCGAUGAAGAAAGAGGUCGACAAGACCGAAGUAGACUGGAAGAAUGCAAGUGGAAAGCAGGGGAGCUGCCAUCGUAGUUGUGAUAUGAAGGAGACCAGCAAAAGCCCAGCAAGGCGAUCAAUUCAACGGAUUAAGGUGCGUGCGAGCUCUCCAAGGCUUGGUAACAAGAAACUGCAGGCUCAUCGGAGCCAGAAGACGGUAGGGUUGAAGGCAGCAAUGCAGCAGAGAAAGGGACUAAUGGAGAGCAUAGUGGUGGUGAAGUCGUCGUUGGACCCGCGAUGGGACUUCAGGGAGUCUAUGGUGGAAAUGAUCAUUGAAAACAAUCUCCGGACAUCAAAGGACUUAGAGGAGCUGCUGGCUUGCUACCUAUCGCUGAAUUCAAAGGAGUAUCAUGAUGUUAUCAUCGAGGUGUUCGAGCAAAUCUGGUUUGAUCUUCCCGAUAUUAUAUUGUAAAGAAAUGUGUAAUUAGAGUUGGGGUUUGUAAGGAUAUCUUAUACUGAAUUAUAUUACGUUGACAAUA